ACCAUAUUUACUUCCCUCUUAUUUUUGUUUGAAAAAAAAUGCAAAAUGCUGCCAUUAAACGCGUGAACGUUAGCAGUUUGAAGACUGGGAGUGCACAGCAAAAGAAAAGCAAGAAGACAGAUAGAAGAAGCAAUUUCGGAAAGAGGUUUUUGUCAUCUUGCAUGGAAUUUCAAUCCCCAACUUCUCGCCCUACCAGCAGUGAUGUCGUUUUGAACCAUCAUCCACCAUUUCCGAUCAUUCACCAGUUUCUGUUGCCGCCGCCGCUGCUGCCAACGCCCUCCACUGUGCUGCUUCCGGUACCUUUCAACCCCUCACUUUUCUUCACGAUGGAUAAUCAAAGGUCCAUAUCUCUGCUUCAGUUCAUGGUUGAUGAAGGACUUGUUCCGUCUGCAGAAGAGGAAGAUAAACGAAAAAGUGUUAUUCGGAAGCUUAAACAGGUAGUCUCAUCGUGGAUCAAGAAGGUUGCAUGCCUGCAUCAACUACCAGACCACCAAAUUGCUGUAACAUCUGCCACAGUAUUGACUUAUGGAUCUUAUGGCCUCGGAGUUCACAGUUCAGGUUCUGACAUUGAUGCUUUGUGUGUUGCUCCUUUCUUUGCGUCAAUUGCAGAAGACUUUUUUAUUGUGUUGCACGACAUGCUUAAAAGAAGACCUGAAGUAUCAUAUAUUCACUGUGUCAAGAGUGCAAAAGUCCCUCUAAUGCGAUUUAAAUUUGAAGGGGUUUCCAUUGAUCUUCCAUAUGCUCGGCUUAACGUACUAUAUGUUCCUGAGAAUGUUGAUAUAUUAAAUCCAUUUUUCAUGAGGAAUAUUGAUGAUACCAGCUGGAAAAGUUUGUCUGGGGUACGAGCAAAUAAAUACAUUCUCCAUCUAGUUCUUAAUAUAGAGAAAUUUCAAUGCAUUCUACGAUGUCUUAAACUGUGGGCAAAAAGGCGAGGAGUUUAUGGAACUUCGCUUGGUUAUUUGGGAGGAGUUCAUAUGACAGUUCUUGCAGCAUAUGUUUUUCUGAGACACCCUGAUGCCACCUUAAACGCUCUAAUUAUGCACUUUUUUCAAACAUUUGCGUUUUGGCCCUGGCCUACACCAGUGAUGUUGCAGGAAGGAAUGUUAACAGUUAUAGAUGGGAUAGAGACACGGUCCUACAUGCCUAUAUUUCUGCCAUCUAGCCGCUAUGAGCAUUGUCAUACAAAUAUUACUAAAAGCACUUUCUUUCGGAUCAGGAGUGAGUUUCUUCAGGGACAUGAAAUGACAAAGGAUAUUUUGAAGCCAGAUUUCCUCUGGGAUAAUGUAUUCGAGCCUUUCCCAUACACAGAAAGAUACUCCCGAUUUCUCAAAAUUUGUCUCUCUUCUCCUAACCAUUAUGCACUGGUAGAAUGGGUUGGCUGGGUAAAGUCACGCUUUCGAGGUCUUCUUUUGCAUCUGGAGGCUACUCAAGGAUUUUGUGACCCUAACCCUACAGAAUAUGUUGAUAGUGAGAAAACAGAGCCAAAUGUAGUUUUCUAUUGGGGUUUGAAAUCUAACAAGAAUAAUUUCCUGGACAUCGAUUCGGUAAAGGGGGAGUUCAUGAAGAUUAUAAAGAAUGGCUAUGAAGGUUCUCCUGGGAGGAUGGAGAUGUCCAUCCUGUUAGCUUCUCAGCUGCCAAAUUGAUGAUAAGAAAAGGAAUCCGGUCUUCCAUAUUGCCUUGUUUGCAAUGUUUCACCAGUUCCAGUGAGGAUUAUAGUGGCUAGAUCUAUUUUAUUUUGAUUUAUCUGCUAUCUUGUUGUACUAUAGACCUGUAUAUUCUUGUUCCCCUUUCGCCACCUCUUUUUGUCUUCUAACUUCUGUAGGGUCAUAGGUUUACUUAGGAACACCAAAAGGAUGAGUAGUCUUUUAGUCUUGCAGUAGAUGACAGAAAUUUUUGAAAAGUCAAAAGAGUUACAAGGGAUUGGACAUGUAAAGUGAAUAAACCUUCUUUUUCCUUU